GGAAAGAAUCCAAGGAUCACGAGAAGGAAAAUGUGAGGCGAAUAAAGGAGAUUCAGAAGAAGUGCAAAGAGAAGGAGCAAGCCCAAGAGCGCAGCCAGCCCAAGCCUGUGAAAGCUCUGUGGAAGUCCCAGAAAUACGAAAACGUGGAGUCAAAGGUGAAGGCCAAGUUGCAGGAGAGCUCCCCACCUCCAAAUCCAGAGGCUCUGAAAUUCCUGAGAGCGUAUUCUCGCUGUGGCCCUGGGAUCAAGCCAUGCAGACCGCUCUCCCCAAGACCUGACAGAACGAAAGCUGGGGCAGACACAGGAGCUCCAGAGGCGCUGGAUGCUGAAGCCAAGAUGCAGGUGGAGGGCAAGAGCAUUGACUUCAUCAAGCACAACGCCCGCAACGCCAAGUGGGCCUCACUGCGGCGCUCCCAGUCCCUGCAGGCGCUGUCUGAGCUGCUGGAACAGAAGCACCGGGAGCAGGAGGAGUACAACACCAAGCAAAAGGGCCUCGUCCCCCAGUACCUGCUGCAGAGGAAGGAGCUGUGGCGCAGGCAGACAGAGGAGCGGCUGCGAAACCUGCCAGAUCCCGACACGCCGCCUGGCCACACCAUGAUGCCGGAGCACCAGCGGCUGGAGACCCUCAGCAAUCUGAAGCAGAGCCAGGAGCAGCUGGUAAAGGAGCUGGUGUUGCUGCCAGUGCGUGCAGACACCCUCAGCAUGCAGAAGAGGCGGGUGGAGCUGGAAAGGAAGCUCUCCCAGAUAGAAGAAGCCAUCAAAAUUUUCUCAAGACCCAAGGUCUUCAUCAAGCUGGACUCCUGAGCCGGUGGGGCUGGGUGCAUUGUGCUGCUCUGCGUGAACAUCCCUCAUCGCUGGGAAGGGACGAUGAUCGCUUU